AUCCAUUCAGCCGCAGCCGCCCGGGCGGAGCGCGUCCCGCAGCCGGCUUGUCCCCGUCGCGGCCCGGGUGCUCGCCCCGACCCGCCUGAGCGGUGCAGAGCUCGCCAUGGCGGCCACGGACCUGGAGCGCUUCCCGAAUGCAGAGCCAGAGCCCCGGAGCCUCUCCCUGGGCGGCCACGUGGGCUUCGACAGCCUCCCUGACCAGCUGGUCAGCAAGUCGGUCACUCAGGGCUUCAGCUUCAACAUUCUCUGUGUGGGGGAGACUGGCAUUGGCAAGUCCACGCUGAUGAACACGCUCUUCAACACGACCUUCGAGACUGAGGAAGCCAGUCACCAUGAGGAGUGUGUGCACUUGCGGCCCCAGACCUACGACCUCCAAGAGAGCAACGUGCAGCUCAAGCUGACCAUCGUGGAUGCUGUGGGCUUCGGGGAUCAGAUCAAUAAAGAUGAGAGGCCCAUAGUCGACUACAUCGAUGCGCAGUUUGAAAACUAUCUGCAGGAGGAGCUGAAGAUCCGCCGCUCGCUCUUUGACUACCACGACACGAGGAUCCACGUAUGCCUCUACUUCAUCACGCCCACAGGGCACUCCCUCAAGUCCCUCGAUCUGGUGACCAUGAAGAAACUAGACAGCAAGGUGAACAUCAUUCCCAUCAUCGCCAAGGCUGAUACCAUCUCCAAGAGUGAGCUCCACAAGUUCAAGAUCAAGAUCAUGGGCGAGCUGGUCAGCAAUGGAGUCCAGAUCUACCAGUUUCCCACUGAUGACGAGGCUGUUGCCGAGAUUAACGCAGUCAUGAAUGCACACCUGCCCUUUGCCGUGGUGGGCAGCACUGAGGAGGUGAAGGUGGGCAACAAGCUGGUCCGAGCACGGCAGUACCCUUGGGGAGUGGUGCAGGUGGAGAACGAGAAUCACUGUGACUUCGUGAAGCUGCGGGAGAUGCUGAUCCGGGUGAACAUGGAGGACCUCCGCGAGCAGACCCACAGUCGGCACUACGAGCUCUACCGGCGCUGCAAGUUGGAGGAGAUGGGCUUCCAGGACAGCGACGGUGACAGCCAGCCCUUCAGCCUGCAAGAGACAUACGAGGCCAAGAGGAAGGAGUUCCUGAGUGAGCUGCAGAGGAAGGAGGAAGAAAUGAGGCAGAUGUUUGUCAACAAAGUGAAGGAGACAGAGCUGGAGUUGAAGGAGAAGGAAAGGGAGCUCCACGAGAAGUUUGAGCACCUUAAGCGGGUCCACCAGGAGGAGAAGCGCAAGGUGGAGGAAAAGCGCCGGGAACUGGAGGAGGAGACCAACGCCUUCAACCGCAGGAAGGAUGCGGUGGAGGCCCUGCAGUCUCAGGCCUUGCAUGCCACCUCGCAGCAGCCUCUGAGGAAGGACAAGGACAAGAAGAAAGCCAGUGGCUGGUCUUCCAUUUACAGUGUCACUAUUCCUUGACGGAGCAGUCAUGUGUCGCUCUAGCGAAGGCCCCAGACUCGAUGCUCGGUGACUCACGCGGUGCCCUAGAUGUGGCCUCGUGGUCUGGUAUACAUGCUGCAAAGUUUGCCCGAUUCCCCUUCAUUUUAAUUUUUCUAACCUAGAGCUUAAUUUCAAUAAUAACUUUUAAAACACUUCUAAAUUUUUAUUUUGGCACAAGCGUAAAGAGAAAUAAUAUCCUCUCCCAUUAUUUUCAUAAGUAACACAGAUUCCCCGAUUUUUAAAAACUAAAAAUAUCUCUAAACCUUUCUUAUGUAUAAAGUAUCCCUAUAAUACAUAGGGAGAGGUGGGUAAUAAACAUCCUGUAAUGAGAGUGUUUGGAAUUUCUUUACGGAUGAAAGUAGAACAUGAACAAAGCCACGACCAAUGUUUUCACUGUGAAUGUAAAUGGAACAGCAGCCCAAUGCCAUUGUCUUUGUGCCCCAGAGGUGCUACCUGUAAACAGGGACCAACUUCAUGUGUGUGUUAAGUGUUUCACUCCAACUGACACCCCCAAGCCAAUCCUGCAUAUUCCAAGUACAAAGAGUGCUCAGCCAGGAAAAGGUUUUUAUCUCGAUCAAGGUCAUUGUUUCCUUUUUCCUGGCAGAGUCACAGGGCAAAGAGAUGAAGGUAUCUGAUGUAUGUGAACAAUUUAAGAAAAAAUGAUCAGCAAAGGAGCUUUUCCUCUUCAGCUGCAUUCUGAAGGGGAAUAUUUUAAGAAAGUACUAGUGGUAUUGAUUCUUUGAUAUUCCCCUUGGUUUGCAAGCCAUUAAGAGUAUCAGGGUUGAAAAUAUCGCCUGAUAAAAUGGGAGAUGAAAAACAAAUAGAUGAAAGGAAGGAUUUCAUUUAAUGUUGAUGAAGCACUGUGCAGGGCACAAGCCACCAGAGUAAUGCGCAGCCCUGCCCUCAGGGAGCUCACAGUCUUGUGCACUCCCUGUUGGAAGCCUUAGCAAGCUGUCCUGAUAUAUUGCUGGAUCGGUGGUUUGUUUUUUGUGUCCUUCAUCUUCCCUCCCAUCACCGUUUCCCUCUUUCUGCCUUGGCCUGUCUUAUUGAUUUCCAGGACCAAGUUCUGGCUUCCUCUUGCCCUUCUGAGAUGAUGUUCCCUUCAGAGUGGGGUGGAGAGGUGAGCUGUGUGUGUCCACUGAGGCACAGGCAGAAAAAGGCAGCCUUUUUCUCCUCACCAGGAGCAGAGCAGGUUUUACUGAUGCUCCAAGUGUUAUGCUAAGACCAGAGGUGGAUACAGAUUUUGAGAGGCAAGAAGCUUGAACUGUUUGAGAAGCCUUCUUCAAGAAAAAGAAUAUGAAUAUAAAAUUAGGUACAGGGCCUUGGAAGGGGCUCUGAGGAUUAAGCUUUGUUAGCUUCACUGUAAAUUCACCUCUGGUUAGGCCGAUAACCGAUGCUCCAGUGUGGGCAUCCAGAAGGGUAACUCGGCAUGUCUGAGGCAGAUUGGACUACAAGUGGCUUGUCUUUAGGGAAAUUAUGUCUGAAAGUAUAUUCAGUUGGGUGAAAGUAUGACCUUUAAGAUAGCUUCUGUCAGCUAAUGUAUUUCUGAAGAUGAGGCUCAGUGACCCGGUGGGUUCACUGGUUAAAUAAAAAAUGAGGACUCCUGGUUCAUGGGCCAAUCUGGGGAUUCUGGAGUGGGCAGAUUCUGCCACUUGUCUAUGGCAGCCUAGAGGCUGCAUCCCAGGCAUCCUGGAAGGCCAGAAUUGUGGCUGGUUACCUGCCUUCAGGCCUGUGGCUUCCCAGCAUCUCUGGGGAGACCUGUCGUUGCAUUUUUUGGGGUCUGAGCUACCUUCACAGGUCCCAUCAGCUUUAGUGAGCUGCACUGCACUU